AUGGAAGCAAGAGCUAAAGGGGGAAGGCUUUCCGAGGAAGUAGAGUUACACACUGAAGGAAGCAGUCGCAACCGAAUCAGUAGUCUUCCGGAUGAUAUAUUGCAUCACAUACUCUCCCUUCUACCUGUCGGAUCCACUGCACAAACCAGUGUUUUGUCUAGACAAUGGAAUCAUUUAUGGGCUUCCCUUCCUAUCCUAGACUUCUCCGAUGUAAAAGGUGGAGCAGUGGAAUUCAUAAGCAAAGUACUGAGACACCGCCAUGAAAACUCCAAUUUAAAGGUUUUUAGGGUUAAAGGAUAUCUGAGUUCUUCUUGUUUGUAUUCUUGUAUUGAUCGGGUGGUGAAGUAUAGGGUUGAAGAACUUGCACUUGAUGUCUCCUUAACUGACAAGUAUUUUUCCGGCGACGCAUUCGGUUUGCCUAGUUUGUUUAAGUGUGAUUCAUUGAGGAGCCUCACAUUAGCCACCUAUAAAAAUCCAUAUUAUUCGCCAUCAAUUCCAAAACCACACUUUGGUCUUUUAUUAUCUUCUAAUGCUGUGGCUAAAAGUGGUCUGCACCAACUUCACACAUUGUCUCUAACUCGUGUGGAGUUUUUGGAUAGUGCUUUGGAGCUGGAUUUAUUUUCUGCUUCUUCUUUACCUUCUCUUGAGAAAUUAAGUAUUACAAAUUGUAAAGGCAUCACUCAUCUCAAAAUUACUUGUCCAAACAUCAAAGAUGUACACAUUAUCAGGAUGUUUCUUAGCAGCCUGGACAUCUCCGGAAUGAGACUAGAGAAUUUGGAAAUCACACACUGUUUUGAAGUAAUGGUUAAUGGAAAUCGGGUCAAAAUUUUUGCCCUGAAUCUGAAAACUUUCUGGUGGCAACAUAACUACUGUACGGAGGAAAGUUUUGCUCCGAGCUUUCCCAUCCUGAGAGCAUGUCACCUGGCUUGUUUCAGUAAAGUAGUCGAUGUGACCAUGGUGAAGCCAACAAUCAAUCUUCUUUGCGGAUCUUCGCAGGUUCAGAAGCUUUGCAUUUAUGAUAGCUAUCUCCGGACAUGGCACAACAUUUUGCUGGACGAUGCCGGUUGCACUGAAGAGCAAUUCUGGGAAAGUCAAGCUCAAAUUUUGAGUCACUUCCUAUGUCACUUGAAGGUAGUGAAUAUUCAUGAUUACUCACAUAGAAUCAAUGAGAAUGUGAUUAAGUUUGCAAGGUUUUUGCUUGAACACGGAAGGAGCUUGCAAGAAAUCAUUCUUCAUUCCCGACACCCGAGCGGGAAGGAGAAAAUCGGUUCAGUGCUCGAGGGGUUCCUCGAGCAUCUGCCGGUGUCAAAAUCUCGGUUGCUUUGGCUACUCGUGCUAAAUUUCCCGAUGCGUGCGACACAGCGAAAUUGA